AUGAAGAAGUUUAAUUUCCGGAAAGUUUUGGAUGGCUUAACUGCCUCCUCCCCAGGCAGUGGUAGCAGCAGUGGCAUUAACAGCAGUGGUGGAGCUGGCAGUGGUUCCCUGCAUCCAGGGGGGACUGCAGGGGCCCUCAGAGAGGAGAUUCAAGAAACCCUGACUUCAGACUAUUUCCAGAUCUGCAAGACAGUUCGACAUGGCUUUCCUUACCAACCCACAGCAUUAGCCUUUGAUCCAGUUCAGAAAAUCUUGGCUAUUGGAACAAGAUCAGGUGCUAUAAGAAUACUCGGGAGACCUGGAGUUGAUUGUUAUUGCCAACAUGAAAGUGGUGCAGCUGUUCUACAGCUCCAAUUCUUGAUCAAUGAGGGUGCUUUGGUCAGUGCAAGUUCAGAUGAUACACUUCAUUUGUGGAACCUUAGACAAAAAAGGCCAGCUAUUCUUCAUUCUCUUAAAUUUAACCGAGAACGAAUUACUUACUGUCAUCUACCUUUCCAGAGUAAAUGGCUCUAUGUUGGAACAGAAAGAGGAAACACACAUAUUGUAAAUAUUGAAUCUUUCAUUCUUUCUGGAUAUGUUAUCAUGUGGAACAAGGCCAUUGAACUGUCCACCAAGACUCAUCCAGGGCCAGUUGUACAUUUAAGUGAUAGUCCAAGAGAUGAAGGGAAACUCCUGAUAGGAUAUGAAAAUGGAACUGUAGUAUUCUGGGAUUUGAAAUCUAAAAGAGCAGAUUUGAGAGUUUAUUAUGAUGAGGCUAUUCAUUCAAUUGAUUGGCAUCAUGAGGGCAAACAGUUCAUGUGCAGCCAUUCAGAUGGUAGCUUGACCUUAUGGAACCUGAAAAGCCCAAGCCGCCCUUUCCAGACCACAGUUCCACAUGGUAAGAUUCAAAGAGAAGGAAGAAAAUCUGAAUCUUGUAAACCAAUUCUUAAAGUAGAAUACAAAACCUGCAGAAACAGUGAACCAUUCAUAAUAUUCUCUGGUGGAUUAUCCUAUGACAAAGCUUGCAGAAGACCAAGUUUAACCAUCAUGCAUGGAAAAGCAAUUACAGUGCUUGAAAUGGAUCAUCCUAUUGUUGAAUUUCUAACUUUAUGUGACACACCCUAUCCAAAUGAAUUUCAGGAACCGUAUGCUGUAGUGGUACUUCUGGAAAAAGAUCUCAUUGUAGUUGAUCUGACACAAAGCAAUUUUCCCAUCUUUGAAAAUCCAUAUCCCAUGGAUAUUCAUGAAUCACCAGUUACAUGCACAGCGUAUUUUGCUGAUUGCCCUCCGGAUUUGAUCCUGGUGCUCUAUUCUAUAGGAGUCAAGCAUAAAAAGCAAGGGUACAGUAAUAAGGAAUGGCCAAUUAGUGGAGGAGCUUGGAACCUUGGAGCACAAACAUAUCCAGAAAUCAUUAUUACCGGUCAUGCAGAUGGAUCAAUAAAAUUUUGGGAUGCUUCUGCAAUAACUCUACAAAUGCUGUACAAACUAAAAACUUCAAAAGUUUUUGAAAAGCAGAAGGUAGGAGAAGGAAAACAAACAGGAGAAAUUGUGGAGGAGGACCCUUUUGCCGUGCAGAUGAUUUACUGGUGUCCAGAGAGCAGAAUAUUCUGUGUAUCAGGAGUCUCUGCAUAUGUCAUAAUUUAUAAAUUCAGCAGACAUGAAAUUACAACAGAAAUAGUGUCAUUAGAAGUACGACUUCAGUAUGAUGUUGAAGAUAUUAUCACUCCCGAACCAGAAACAAGUCCUCCAUUUCCAGAUCUCUCAUCCCAGCUUCCAUCUUCAAGGAGUCUUUCCGGGAGCACCAACACUGUGGCUAGUGAAGGAGUAACAAAGGACAGUAUUCCAUGCCUCAACGUGAAGACCAGACCAGUGCGAAUGCCUCCAGGGUAUCAAGCCGACCUUGUUAUUCAGUUGGUGUGGGUAGAUGGCGAACCUCCUCAACAAAUUACUAGUCUUGCUGUAAGUUCAGCAUAUGGAAUAGUUGCUUUUGGGAAUUGCAAUGGAUUAGUUGUGGUGGAUUUUAUACAGAAGACAGUACUGCUAAGCAUGGGAAUCUUUGAUCUGUAUAGAUCAAGUGAACUGUACCAGCGACAACCACGGUCUCCUCGUAAGAACAGGCAAUUCAUUGCAGACAACUUUUGCAUGCGUGGCCUGUCUAACUUUUAUCCUGAUUUAACGAAACGGAUCCGUACUUCCUAUCAGAGUUUAACUGAGCUGAAUGACAGUCCCGUCCCCCUGGAACUGGAGCGCUGCAAGUCUCCCACUUCAGACCAUGUAAAUGGACAUUGCACAAGUCCAACUUCUCAGAGCUGCAGUUCUGGAAAACGUCUUUCUAGUGCUGAUGUUUCUAAAGUUAAUCGCUGGGGUCCUGGAAGACCACCAUUUCGAAAGGCACAGUCAGCUGCUUGCAUGGAGAUACCUUUACCAGUUACAACAGAAGAAACCCGUGAAAAUUCCUAUAAUCGUUCCAGGAGCUCUAGUAUCUCCAGUAUUGACAAAGAUUCUAAGGAAGCCAUCACAGCGUUAUACUUCAUGGAAUCCUUUGCACGGAAAAACGACUCCAGCAUCUCCCCUUGUCUGUUUGUUGGAACUAGUCUGGGAAUGGUGUUAAUCAUAUCCCUAAACCUGCCAAUAGCAGAUGAACAAAGGUUUACAGAACCAGUCAUGGUAUUGCCAAGUGGUACAUUCCUCUCAUUGAAAGGAGCUGUGCUAACUUUCUCCUGUAUGGACCGAACUGGAGGAUUAAUGCAACCACCAUAUGAAGUUUGGAGGGAUCCAAACAGCAUGGAUGAAAAUGAAAAAUCCUGGAGAAGGAAACUGGUCAUGAACUCCUCCUCUGCAAACCAAGAAAUAGGAGAUCAUCAGUAUAUAAUAAUAUGCUCUGAAAAACAAGCCAAAGUCUUCUCACUGCCUUCUCAGACUUGCCUUUAUGUUCAUAACAUCACUGAGACAUCUUUUAUAUUGCAGGCAGAUGUGGUGGUCAUGUGUAACAGUGCCUGCUUGGCAUGCUUUUGCGCUAAUGGGCAUAUUAUGAUAAUGAGCCUACCUAGUCUUCGACCAAUGUUGGAUGUUAAUUAUCUACCACUGACAGACAUGCGGAUAGCACGGACAUUUUGUUUCACCAAUGAGGGGCAGGCCUUAUAUCUUGUCUCCCCUACUGAAAUUCAGCGGUUAACCUACAGCCAAGAAAUGUGUGACAAUCUACAGGAUAUGCUAGGAGAUUUGUUUACUCCCAUAGAGACACCAGAAGCUCAAAACAGAGGUUUUCUUAAGGGACUAUUUGGUGGAAGUGGACAAACCUUUGACCGGGAAGAGCUCUUUGGGGAAGCUUCUGCAGGAAGAGCAUCACGUAGUCUUGCACAACACAUUCCUGGACCAGGUGGAAUAGAAGGGGUGAAGGGUGCUGCUGGAGGGGUGAUGGGAGAGCUGACCCGGGCACGAAUUGCACUGGAUGAGAGAGGACAGAGGUUAGGAGAACUGGAAGAGAAAACUGCAGGCAUGAUGACAAGCGCAGAAGCCUUUUCCAAACACGCACAUGAGUUAAUGCUGAAAUACAAGGAUAAGAAAUGGUACCAAUUUUAACUGCGAAAAGAGCCGUGACUGCUUUGAGAAACCAUUAUUCAGGGAAACCAAAUUUAUUCCCAGCAUCUCUAGUCAACCGCUAGAAGCCAGUUUCUUCUACAAAAUGUUCCAUUGCAACUCAACUGAAAUUAACAUAAAGGAAACUUAUCAGAGACGCUGUACAACCCAACAGCUGGAACCCUGGUAAAACCCCAAAACAGGUGGAAUUUGUCUUUUCCCAUAUGGAAUGGAGCUGUCGUACUGGAAUGUCCUUUGCUAAGGGUUUACAUUUAGAAACCAUGGCGAGUCCUUCUGAUUUGAAAAUUCCUGUACAAACAAAACCAUUAAUGCACUUAAUGAAAAAAAAUCUUUGCAUGUAAAUUAACAUCUUAAAAGGAAAAGAAAAAUAAGCAUGUUGUGACAGAAGAAAAAAAAGAUUUAUGGUAAACUAUUUUUUAUAAAUUGGGCCAUAUCCAACAAUUUAAAAAUAUGCAUUAGGAGAUAGCAGUAUAUUUGAAGAAUAUUUUCCACA